CAAGCCACUUUGGCUCAGGAGUGCAGGUGGCCAGGGGCGGGCAAGCCCGUCCCCGCCAUGGGGUGGGAGGGCGACAGAGAUGACGAAUGGGACAGGGAGCUCGAGGAUCAGGUGGCGGAUUUCUUCAGGAAGUACCCCACGGACGAGCGCGUGCAGGGGUACCUGACGAGCAGCCCGGCCCGCGUCGCGCGGCGGGUGCUGGAGAGCUUCCGGCCGCAGCGGGAGGGCGAGCAGGACUACUCGGGGCUGAUCGCCUCGUUCCAGAAAAAGGUCCGGACGGAGCUGGGCCUGCCUCCCCUGGCGCCAGGGCCGGGUGGCGGGGGCGGCGGCGGCGGCGGCGGCGGAGGAGGGGGUGGCGGCGGCUGCGGCAAGGGCGCCUGCAAGGGCGGCGGCGGCGCGAUGCCCGGAGAUUGGGUGUGCCCGGGCUGCUCGUUUCUGAACUUCGCGCGCAACGACUCGUGCCGCCAGUGCGGCAUCUCCCGGCCCGCGCCCGCCCCCCAGGUGGUGGUGGCCAUGCCCACUGUCCAUACAGUCCAGGCGGUGCCCGCGGCGCCCAACGUGCCCGGGGCGCUGCCGGGGGACUGGAUCUGCUCGCGCUGCGGGGACCUGCAGUUCGCCCGCAACCAGUCCUGCCGGCAGUGCGGCACCCCGCGGGCGCCGGAGAAGGGCGUGUGGGCGCCAGUGACAAGGGUCGUCACCAGGUCCGCCACGGGGUCGGGCGCCGAGGCGGACCAGAUGCAGCGGGAUGCGGACGCCUUCAACCAGAAGUACCCAGUGGACGACAGGACUUACGAUUUCCUGCUGGACUCGUCGCGCGAGGUGCAGCUGCGGGUCAUCCGGGAGUUCAGGACCGCCCGGGUGCAGCGGGACUACUCCGAGCUGAUGAUGGCGUACAUCUCGAAGAGUGCCGUGCGGACGAGGAGUUCGAGCUCCUGCAGGGCGGCGGGGCGCGCCCCGCGGCCUCCGCGCAACCGCCUCUGCGGCAGCCGGCGCCGAGAGGCCAGCCAGGCGUGGCGCCCGCCGGUCCUUACGCGGGCGAGAUGUUCCAGGUGCCGUGCAGGUUCUUCCUGCGGGGUGACUGCAACCGGGGCGCGGCGUGCCCGUACCAGCACACCGCCCCGUCCCACGGCGCUGGGCCGGCGGCCCCCUCCGCGGGCCAGGGCGUCUGGGGCGGCCCGAUCAAGGCCCGGGGCUCCCGGUCGGACGGCGGGUCGGUCGAGGCCUUCCUGGCCAAGUACCCGGUGGACGGGCGCGCGCGCGAGUUCCUCUUGGCGGCGCCCCCCGAGGUGCGGUCGCAGGUCGUGCAGGAGUUCAGGCCCCGCGUCGAGGGCGAGGCGGACUACUCGGGCCUGCUCAUGGCCUUCACGCGCCGCUGCCUGGGGGGGGCGGCGCCCGCGCCGGCGAUCAUCCCGGCCUACCCCUCCGGGCGCGGCGACGGCCGCGGUGACGCGCGGUGGGCAGACCGCCGGGAGGCCUCCGCCGCCGAGGCCUCCGGCGCCGACCGGGGCCACCGGCGGCCGACGGAGUCCGCCGCCAGCGGCCCCGGCAAGGAGGGCUGCGAGGCGUUCCGGGAGCGCUACCCGAUGGAUGACCGCGCCUACGAGUUCUUGAGCAGCUCCUCGGCCGAGGUCGUCCAGAAGGUGAUCAACACCUUCGCGCCGCGGAGGCCGAACGACCGAGACUUCUCGCCGGCCGUGAUGGCGUACACGCGCGCCUGCAGGAAGGAGAUGGGGGACGACGGGCCGCUGCAGUCCACCUCGAGUGGCGGCGGGGCAUCGGCGAGAGCUGCCGACAUCGACAUCGCGGAGCUGGACAAGGCCACCGACGCCUUCUUCGACAGGUACCCGUGCGACAACCGCUGCGUGGCGUUCUUGAAGGCGCUGGAGCCCCAGGUUUGCGACCGGGUGCUGCGCGAGUUCAUUCCCAGGAGGGAGGGCGACUCGGACUACUCCGCCAUCGUCAUGUCCUUCGCGAAGAGCUGCAUGGGCGCGGGCCCGCCGGCCGAGCGGGAGCGGCCCUGGGCUGCCGCCGAGCGGCAGCCGCCGUGGGCCGCCGGCGAGCCCCCUUUCAAGAGGCAGCGGAACUACAACUGAGUAGGCUGAAGUCGGCUGCUGGUUCCCGACCGUUUGUCCGAGCAGAGGUUCAGGGUCAGGCCCUGACGCAUUUUCUUUACGUCCGCCCGCCAUAUCAAAUCUGCACUGGCGUCAUCAGGCCGCUCCCACCGAUCCCGCUGCCGCUGCC